GGACGAGGAGAAGCCAUUCCCACAGAGCAGGACACGGCAAGUUUGAGAAUGCAAACAGUCUCGGAGCCUCAGCGAACAUCUGAUGACGAUGACGAUAACUGCGGCGGCCAAGACGACGACGACGACGACGACGACGACGGCAAAGCAGCAGCAGGAGGGGCCGGCGAUGGAGGAGGGGGUGGAGGACAACGACAAGGAGGUAAGGCACGUGAGGGCACGUCAUGCUGCGGUCCUUUCGAGGUGCGUUUGGCGGGUUACGAUGCCAUACGCCUGUGGAGCGACGGGGAUGAAGAUAAUUGCCUGGCGUGGUCGGAUUUGCUGAGCUGGACGGGUUCGCGGAACUGCACCGAUCACUUAACUCCUUGCCCGACGUUGGGAAGUGCUGGAGGGUGGUCCCUCGAAACUUUAGAAAAGCUACUUCGGUAUUAUUAUACCACUUACUUUUGUUUCUUUCUAGUUUGUUCUCCAGAAAGAGAGCACUACUUCUCUCGGGGCGCUCGUCGCCGCCGUGGAUUUCCUUCUCUCUGCGGCCAUCCAUUGCCACGUCCGCUGGCAUGGAGCUUACAUGCAUUGCCACGUGCGCUUGCAUGGAGCUUACAUGCACUGCCACGUGCGCUUGCAUGGAGCCUACACGCAUGGGCACCACGUCCGCUUGCAUGGAGCUUACGUGCAUGGCCACGUCAGCUUGCACGUACCUUUCUUCUCCUGCUUACUGUUUCGGAUGCUAGUAGCGGAAUGAUGCUGACGUCCUUCGAUUGGCCUACGGGCGUCUUCAGCGGUCAACUGACGGCUUGUGAAAAUUCCCAAAGUAAAGCUGGCUUCUUUCAUGUCAAUUCACCUGCUAGAACGAUUGCUGUCACGUGCACCAUUACAAGGAUCAACGACACUCAUCCGAAUCUUCCGGCAGCGGUUCUAAUCCCCAGCGACACUAUACAGACAGACGGCGUCUUCGUGCCCUUCAAUAACUCCGGCGUAUGCAAUCUUUCGACCUCAGCCAUCAAGCAAUUUGUCUGUGGUGAACGCUACGGCGGACAUCCCGCAAUCUUAACAUCUUCCUCCUCCGUGAGCUGCUCCUCUCCCUCUCCUUCUCCCUCCCCCCUCCCCUCCUCCUCCUCCCCCUCCUCCUCCUCCCCCUCCUCCUCCUCCUCCUCCUUUCCCUCCUCCUCCUCCUCAUCAUCAUCAUCAACGUCAUCGUCAUCAUCAACAACAACAGGAGCCGUAUCAACUCCAUCGCCGGGGAUAAGGACGACAGAGGCGACGGGAUUUGUAGUGGACAUCACUGUAGUGCCAAUAAAGGAUGCAGUGCCACGUGUCUGCCAACCAAAUCGGUAUUUAGGAGGAGGUGCUUCUAAUGUCAUGUUGUAUAUACCUCUCAGGGAUAGAAAGGAGUGCUGGGAUUCUACCGAGGGCAUGGGUGGAAAUGGAAGGGGGGUCUCUGGCGAGGGUGUGGAAACGCUGAGUAGAGGAGCACAAAUGAACGGGCUGCGAGCUCGAGCGGGGAUCUUCUUCCUCUGUGUUCUUUUUGGUCCGAUGCUGCUUCUCCUCGUGGCUGUUCUAUGUUGUCGGGUGGGGAGACCGCUAUGUUGCAGACGUGGAGGGAGGACGGGACACGUGGCAUGGACAGAAGAGACGACGGACAGAGAUUACGGUCACAACAUCCCCAUGCCAGAUGCUUGGACACAGCGCGUCAUACCCGCCCUCUCUGUCUCCUCCUCCUCCUCCUCCUCCAUAGCCUCCCCGGCAUCGUUGCUGGAACUUAGAAUCAACGGCCAGCAGCCGGUCAGGCACAUCGCUCGGCAGUCGACGGAGAGUCGAGCUGAGUGUCUUCUGCCUUUGCAGGCUGACGCCAUCGCUGUCGUGUUAUCCCCCGAUCCCAAUGAUCUUCCAUGGCUGGGAAUCGUCGAGCCACUGCCGCUUUCGUCGUGAACCGCCAUAGCCAUGCAGGCGUCUGUACCGACGGGCGUAGCUCUAUAUUCUUUUUUUUCUUUUUUUUCGCUUCAGUUGGCACAGCCAUGAACUGUUGAAAUACAGACCCAAGCUCGAAUCCAGAUGACGAAUCAAAAUUUCUUGAGUUAUCUGCGGCCGGUCGGUGCCACGAUGAUGUCUCGAGGCCGUCAACCUUUCCAAAGAAAGAAAAAGAAGACAUGCACGCCGGCCAGUUCCCGAUCCCACGGGGAGUAUCGGCUGGACGCCGGCCACGGUUUCCGUUAGGCCACUGUUUUCCAUUAGGCCACCGUUUACGUCCACGUAGAAUUACUCACACAUUGCAGAACAAUUCGAUAAAUAUAAGUAAGUAAAAAAAUAAAGAAAUA